AUGACAUCUACGCUAUAGAUUCAACCACUGUAGAUUCUACAGUUAUUGGGUCACAUCCACAUAUUGAUUAAGCAAAUAUAACUAGAUAACACGAGGAAGGUAAGUUCACCCAGCCGAAUCCAAAAUGCUACCGAGUUCAUUUUGUGUCACAUUGCCAUGGUUGUGUGACACCACCAACUCGCAGCUGAUUCCAACCAUUUCGGUCACCCUUAUCUGUGUGCUAUUACUAUGGUUCUUUCAGAGGAUCAAGAAUCCAAGCAAUGAAACCACCCUUCCAUCUCCAUUACCUCCGGGUCCCCUAGGCUUGCCAUUUGUUGGGUACUUACCCUUUCUAGGAACCCUUCCGCACCUCAAAUUCGACAACCUUACACGUGUUUAUGGUCCGAUUUUCAAGCUCAUGUUGGGAACCAAAACAUAUGUAGUUAUUAGUUCACCCUCUCUGGGGAAAGAGGUAGUGCUUGACCAAGACACCAUAUUUGCCAACCGUGACCCACCCAUUUCUGCAUUGGUUGCCUUGUAUGGUGGCACUGAUAUAGCUUCUUUGCCUCAUGGUCCACAGUGGAGAAAGGCUCGCAAGAUUUUGGUGCGUGAGAUGCUUAGCAACACCAACAUCAGUAACUCUUUUUGUCAUAGAAGGGUAGAGGUUAAAAAGUGCAUCAAAGAUGUGUAUGAGAAGAAAAUAGGGUCUCCCGUAAAUGUGGGUGAGUUGGCUUUUCUAACUGCUACAAAUUCAAUAAUGAGUAUGAUUUGGGGUGAGACCUUGCAAGGAGAAAAAGGGGUUGCUAUUGGGGCUGAGUUUAGAGCAUUGGUGUCUGAACUUAUGGUGUUAAUUGGGAAGCCAAAUAUUUCUGAUCUUUACCCUGGACUAGCCUGGUUUGAUUUACAAGGAAUCGAGAGAAGAACAAGAAGGGUAUCCCAGUGGAUUGAUAGGCUUUUUGAUUCUGCAAUCGAAAAGCGAAUGAAUGUGACAGAGAGUGCAGAAAAUAAGUCAACGAAGAAAGAUUUCCUGCAAUUUCUGUUGGAGCUUACGAAGAGCGAUAGUGAUUCAGCAUCAAUGACUAUGAACGAGAUCAAGGCCAUCCUCAUAGACAUUGUGGUGGGUGGAACUGAGACCACAUCAACGACAUUGGAAUGGGUGGUGGCGAGGCUGUUGCAGCAUCCAGAGGCAAUGAAGAAAGUUCAUGAAGAGUUGGAUGCGGUAAUAGGAUUGGACAACUGUGUUGAAUUAGAAUCCCAGUUAUCCAAAUUGCAGUACUUAGAAGCUGUAAUAAAGGAAACACUUCGUUUGCAUCCCCCUCUUCCCUUUUUGAUACCACGCUGUCCAAGUCAAAAUAGCACUGUUGGUGGAUAUACCAUACCAAAAGGUGCACAAGUACUGUUGAAUGUGUGGACCAUACAUAGGGACCCUGAUAUUUGGGAAGAUGCAUUAGAAUUUCGACCUGAAAGGUUUCUGAAUGAGGGUGGGAACUUGGAUUACUCGGGCAACAAAUUUGAGUAUUUUCCUUUUGGAUCAGGAAGAAGAAUUUGUGCAGGGCUACCUCUUGCUGAGAAGAUGGUAAUGUUUAUGCUGGCUUCCUUAUUACAUUCCUUUGAGUGGAGAUUGCCUAGUGGCACGGUGCUUGAAUUUUCAGGCAAAUUUGGCAUUGUCAUCAAGAAAAUGAAGCCACUAGUCGUUAUUCCAAAGCUUAGACUAUCUAAACCAGAACUCUACCAAUGAUGUUAUGUAAGUGAAAUGCAUGCUUAUAUAGUAACAAUACGGUUUUCUAGUAAAGGAUGUGUUGAGCUUUAAUUUGCUAUUUGGUAUUAUUCUUCUCCACGAAACUGCUUCAGUAGCUUGACUGUGAGAACGUGUAAAUAGACCGAAAUAGUAGUUGUAAGUAUCAGUCUUAAAGUAAGAAGUAAUGUAUUUUGUUUAAAUAAUCACAUAUAUUCAAUGUCUCCUCCAAUUU